GAAGGAAAAGAAAAGCGACCUUGGAUUGAAUAUUGCUGUACCUAUUGGCUUGACAUCAUUGCAGAUGGUUUGAAAGGGAUUCGAGCGGCUUCACAGAGGGAAAUUGCUGUGUUUUUACCCCCCAAAGAGGUGAUGGUGAGGCGGCUCACAGCCUGGACAGACCUCAAACACCCAGGAGUAAAGACACUCAGACCCAGACUCCACACUGCACCCAGAUUGUGACAGACUUCACCUGAGAGCAAGAAGUGAGGAGCGAGGUCAAGGCUGCGGGAAUACGAUGAGCUCCGUGUGGUGGCCACUGUGGGUUUGCUGCCUCCUGUGUCUCAGUUCAACACCAGCCACAGAAGGGCUGAGCCGGGCGGCCUUGCCGUUCGGGCUGAUGAGGAGGGAGCUCGCCUGCGAGGGCUACCCGAUCGAGCUGCGCUGUCCAGGAAGUGAUGUCAUCAUGAUUGAGAGCGCUAAUUAUGGGAGAACAGACGACAAGAUCUGCGACGCAGACCCUUUCCAGAUGGAGAACGUGGACUGUUACCUGCCGGAUGCCUUCAAGAUCAUGUCACAGAGAUGUAAUAACCGCACACAAUGUGUAGUGGUUGCUGGCUCGGAUGUGUUCCCAGACCCCUGCCCGGGCACCUACAAGUACCUGGAGAUUCAGUAUGAAUGCGUCCCAUACAUGGAACAAAAAGUUUUCGUCUGUCCCGGGACGCUGCAGAAAGUCUUUGACCCGACCAAUGUUUUUGAAUCGGAGCACGAGUCCGGAGCCUGGUGCAAGGACCCGUUACAAGCCGGAGAUAGGAUCUAUUACAUGCCCUGGAUUCCUUACAGGACAGACACACUGACCGAGUUUGCCUCCUGGGAGGAUUAUGUCACCGCCCGCCCCACCACCUCUUAUCGGCUGCCUCACCGCGUGGAUGGGACCGGCUUUGUGGUGUAUGACGGAGCCGUGUUUUACAACAAGGAACGGACGAGGAACAUCGUCAAGUACGACCUGAGGACGCGGAUCAAGAGCGGGGAAGCCAUCAUCGCCAACGCUAACUAUCACGAUACAUCGCCCUAUCGCUGGGGCGGCAAGACCGACAUUGACCUCGCGGUGGACGAGAACGGGCUGUGGGUCAUUUACGCCACGGAGCAGAACAACGGGCGACUUGUGGUCAGUCAACUGAACCCCUACACCCUGCGCUUCGAGGGCACGUGGGAUACAGCCUACGACAAGCGCUCGGCCUCCAACGCCUUCAUGGUAUGUGGGGUCCUCUACGCCGUGCGAUCAGUCUACAAAGACGAUGACAGCGAGGUGGUGGGCAACAAGAUUGACUACGCCUACAACACCAACCUACAGCAAGAGGAGAGCGUGUCCAUCACCUUCCCCAACCCGUAUCAGUACGUCUCCUCCAUCGAUUACAAUCCCCGUGACAACCAGCUCUACGUGUGGAAUAAUUACUUUGUUCUGAGAUACUCCCUGGAGUUCGGGCCGCCCGACCCCACCACAGCACAAGUGACCGUGGCUUCAGUGAGCAGCACCACCACCCUGAGGCCCACCCCUGUCACCAAGCCCACCACCAGGAAACCCCCCUUGACCACCGUCGCUGUGGGAGCCAUCAACCAGCUGGUGCCAGAGCUGCAUCCGGUCACCCCCAAACUUCCCACCACCAAGCGGCCCCCCCUCUCCAACCUGCAGCCCUCCCAGCGCCAGUGCGGAGCCACCGAGGCCAGGGGUGUCAAGUGGCCGUCUACACAGCAGGGCGUCCUCGUGGAGAGGCCUUGCCCCAAGGGCACCCGAGGGAUUGCCUCGUAUCUCUGCCUGGUGUCACUGGGGAUAUGGAGCACGAGAGGCCCUGACCUCAGCAACUGCACCUCUCCCUGGGUCAACCAGGUGGCACAGAAGAUCAAGAGCGGGGAGAAUGCGGCAAAUAUAGCCAGCGAGCUCUCGCGUCACACCCGGGGGCCCAUCUAUGCCGGAGACGUCAGCUCCUCUGUCAAACUGCUGGAGCAGCUGCUGGACAUUCUGGACGCCCAACUGCAGGCCCUCAGGCCCAGCGAGAAGGAGUCAGCGGGCAGGAGCUAUAACAAGAUUCAGAAGAGAGAGAGAACGUGCAGGAUGUAUAUUGAGGCUGUUGUGCACACUGUCAACAACCUGCUGCGGCCGGAGGCACUGGAGUCGUGGCAGGACAUGAAUCUGACGGAGCAGGUUCACACGGCCACCAUGUUGGUAGAUAUCCUGGAGGAGGGGGCGUUCCUGCUGGCCGACAACCUCAAAGAGCCAGCCCGGGUCAACACCAGCACCCAGAAUGUGGAGUUGGAGGUGUCUGUGCUGAGCACUGAAGGGAAGGUGACCGAGCUGACAUUCCCACACAACUAUGUGACAGAGAAUUUCAUCCAGAUUUCACCCAACACCAUCAAACAGAACAGCCGCAAUGGAGUUGUGAAGGUGGUAUUUGUCCUAUACAAAAACCUGGGCCAGUUCCUCUCGACGGAGAAUGCCACAGUGAAGAUGAGCGGAGCGGUCACUGGCCAGGGCACCUCGGUCAUCGUCAACUCCCAGAUCAUCGCCGCCUCCAUCAACAAGGAGUCCAGCCGUGUGUACCUGCAGGAUCCUGUCAACUUCACUCUCAGGCACCUCAAUCCAGAAAAUAAUUUCAACGCUAACUGUUCCUUCUGGAAUUAUUCGGAACGUUCCAUGAUGGGCUUUUGGUCCACACAAGGCUGCAAACGGAUAGAAACCAACAAAACCCACACCAAGUGUUCCUGCAGACACCUCACCAAUUUCGCUGUUCUCAUGGCUCACAAGGAGAUUGCCUAUAAGGACCAUAUGCACCGCCUGCUGCUGUCUGUCAUCACCUGGGUGGGCAUCGUGAUUUCCCUCGUCUGCCUGGCCAUCUGUAUCUCCACUUUCUGCUUCCUGCGAGGACUACAGACCGACCGCAACACCAUUCACAAGAACCUCUGUAUCAACCUCUUCAUCGCAGAACUCAUCUUCUUGAUCGGCAUCAAUAAGACACAGUACCAGAUUAUCUGCCCGAUCAUCGCUGGCUUCCUACAUUUCUUCUUCCUGGCCGCCUUCUCCUGGAUGUGUCUGGAGGGGGUGCACCUGUACCUAAUGCUGGUGGAGGUGUUUGAGAGCGAGUUCUCCAGGAAGAAGUACUAUUACCUGUGUGGCUACUGCUUCCCGGCUCUCGUGGUCGGCAUCUCGGCCGCCGUGGACUACAGGAGCUACGGCACCGAGAAGGCAUGCUGGUUACGGAUGGACAGCUACUUUAUCUGGAGUUUCAUCGGGCCUGUGUCCUUUGUUAUUAUGAUUAACCUAGUUUUCCUGAUGAUCACUCUCCAACGGAUGAUUCGUAACACAAACACCCUGAAACCUGAUUCCAGCCGCCUGGAAAAUAUCAAAUAUGAGGACUACAAACCAUUUCUCAAAUCCUGGGCCUUGGGUGCCAUCACCCUCCUUUUUCUCCUGGGUCUGACCUGGGCUUUCGGCUUGAUGUUUAUCAUUGAGGAAUCCAUUGUCAUGGCUUAUCUCUUCACCACCUUCAAUGCUUUCCAGGGAAUGUUCAUCUUUAUUUUUCAUUGUGCUCUCCAAAAAAAAGUGCACAAGGAGUACAGUAAAUGCCUGCGACAUGCACACUGCUGUAGCCGGCCUGCCACCGGCGUCUCUCACAGCUCCAUGAAAGCAUCCAGCAUCAGGAACAGCAGCCGAUACUACACUGGUACUCAGAGUCGUAUCAGGAGGAUGUGGAACGAUACCGUGAGGAAACAAUCCGAGUCGUCUUUCAUGGCUGGUGACAUGAACAGCUCCCCGAGCCUGAACCGAGGGACGAUGGGGAACCACCUGCUGACGAAUCCGGUGCUCCAGCCUCGCUCGGGGGCCAGUCCGUACAACACGCUGCUUGCAGAGUCUGUGGGCUUCACUGCUCCCUCCCCCACCGUCUUCAGCUCCCCAGGAACUUACAGAGAGACAAAGCACCUGGCAGGCAGCGGGCGGGACGUGUGCCCAAUGGACACGCUCCCGCUCAACGGCAACUUCAACAACAGCUACUCGUUCCGCAACGGGGAGUUCGGGGCUGAUGGGGCGCCACUAGCUGAGUGCCGGCGAAACCUGAACCUGAACCUGAGCGACGCCGCCUUCGAGAAGAUGAUCAUCUCUGAGCUGGUCCACAACAACCUGCGCUCGGGGGGCAAGGCCCUGGGGGUGGAGCCGGGGGGGGGCGCUGGCGUGGGCACAGCCGUUGGCAGCAGUGAGGACGACCCCAUUGUGACGGACGCCCCCUCCCACGACGAGAACAUGGAGAUGGAGCUGAUGUACAAAGCGCUGGAGGAGCCGCUGCUGCUGCAGAGAGCACAGUCACUGCUGUAUCACAGCGACCCCGAGUUGGAGGAGGCCGGCAGCUACACAGGGGACAUGGCAGAGGCCGAGAGCCUGGAGCGCCCCCUGCAGUCCCCACACAGAGACUCCAUGUACAACAGCAUGUCCAACCUCAGAGACACGUCCUACCCUGACAGCAGCCCCGAGGGGGUGGGAGAGAACCUGCCCCACUCCCAGCCUCACCCGGAAGUCUUCUACACCAACAGGCCCAACCUGCCCGUGUUCAGGAACCAGCUACAAGCUUAUUACCACCAGGCCCCACGCAGGGGCAGCAGCAGUGACACACACCAGGGCUUUGUGGUGUCGGUCAGUGAGGCCUCAGCACCAGCCGAGGGUGAUGGACAAAUGCAGUUGGUGACAAGCCUGUGAGAGACGCCGAGGCCACAAAGCCAGGACCGCAGUUUACGGGAUUUUAAAGCCAGAAAAACAAGGGGCCGUGACUGGCUUGUACAGAGGACCCACUUUGUUUUGUUUGAGCAGGGGGGGCUUGCAAUUUCUUAUUUCCUUUCCAUUUUUCCUUGUCUUAUUAAUAUUCGUUUCGCCCACA